CGGCUUCCGUAUUCGCCGCUCCCAGAGUCUCUGCUAAAAGCCGCACAGUCGCCCGUGAACGAUGCUAUCACGCUCCCGGUGUGUGUACAGGACCCUCGGCCGCUCUUUGUCAGCGGUGAGCCAGGCUAAUAAUGUUCUGGUUCGGAGUGCAUCAGGUGAGUGCCAAUUAUGUGAAUAUCCAUCAGUUGCACAUGUCCUUCAAUUCAGAUCUUUCAAGACCUCAGCAGUUCACAGUGAUGAAGUUGUUGUGGUCAAAACUCCUGCUUUUGCUGAGUCUGUUUCUGAGGGAGACGUUAGGUGGGAGAAGGCUGUUGGGGACUCUGUGUCCGAAGAUGAAGUUGUGUGUGAGAUUGAAACUGACAAGACGUCAGUGCAGGUCCCAUCUCCUGCUCCUGGAGUAAUAGAGGAGCUGCUGGUCCCUGAUGGAGGGAAGGUAGAAGGAGGAACACCACUCUUCAAGCUCAGAAAAGGAGCUGCUGCAGCCAAAACUGUUCCAUCUACCGUAACAGAGGCUCCUGCUCCAUCUCCGCCCAGCCCCCCUCCACCCCCUGUACCACCUUCCCCUGUCCCUCCAAUGUUCUCGCCAGCAGCUCAAGCCAAACCAGUGGCAGCAGUCAAGCCCACUGCUGCUCCCCCAGCACCAGCUCCUCAAAAAGCCGGAGGCAGAGGAGAGAGCAGGGUAAAAAUGAACCGCAUGCGGCUCAGGAUCGCAGAGAGACUGAAGGAGGCUCAGAACACGUGCGCCAUGUUGACCACCUUUAAUGAAGUGGACAUGAGCAACAUACAGGAGAUGAGAAACCUUCAUAAGGAUGCCUUCCUCAAGAAACACAACAUCAAACUGGGUUUUAUGUCUGCUUUUGUGAAAGCGGCGGCUCAUGCUCUGACAGACCAGCCUGCUGUUAAUGCUGUUAUUGAUGAUACCACCAAAGAGAUUGUGUACAGGGACUAUGUAGACAUCAGUGUUGCUGUAGCAACUCCAAAGGGGCUUGUGGUCCCAGUGAUUCGCAAUGUUGAGGCCAUGAACUUUGCCGACAUUGAGAAAACCAUUAGCUCUCUGGGCGAAAAGGCUCGUAAGAAUGAGUUGGCUGUUGAAGACAUGGAUGGAGGGACAUUUACUAUCAGUAAUGGGGGUGUGUUUGGGUCUAUGUUUGGCACACCCAUCAUUAACCCUCCUCAGUCUGCCAUAUUGGGCAUGCACGGCAUAUUUGACCGACCAGUCGCUGUUAAAGGCAAGGUUGAGAUUCGGCCAAUGAUGUAUGUGGCUCUGACUUAUGAUCACCGCCUGGUGGAUGGAAGGGAGGCUGUCACUUUCCUGAGGAAGAUCAAAUCUGUGGUAGAAGACCCACGUCUGCUGCUCCUUGAUAUGUAACUGGGCAUUUGAACUCAACUGCCCAUAAAACCAAGACUUGAAAACUUCACAAAGUCGCCUAAAAGUACAGUUUCAUUCAGAUGUACUAUUCAGACAUUAUGGUUGUUCCUUAGCAUGUCUUACACAUAAUUGACAUGUAUGUCUAUCUUGUUUUUUACUAUUUAUAUUUAUAUUUCCUUUUGGUUUCAGAUCUCAGUUGUGGUUAAAAGUAUGCUCUGAUCUGAAAUUAUCUGAUCAUUUUUAUAAUGGCACACGUGGGUAUUCUGUUAGGGUCCAUAUUUACUGCACACAAUAAGGCUGUACUAUUGCUUGAGCAGAUUUUCCAUGUUCAUGCUAUUUAGAUAACUCAUUUUAAACAAUAAACAUUUAUUGUUUAUCUAUUUGUGUAUUAUAUAUUUGGUUCUGUAACAUUUGUGCAGGAAU